UAUUGACAUUUCUGGCUUUGAUGGACGCGUUUCCGGGCCCAGCGUAACUCGGUGCCAGCGACGUGUGAGGAGGAGCAGGGGUGGUCCCGGAGUGUUCGGAGUGGAAGGCCUCGCGUUAAUCUGUUUAUUUUCUAUUUUCCCGUGGCCUCGCACGCGUCUAACGACCCGCCGUGUGCGUUCCGUCCGCUCCCGUGGACGUCGGGUGAUAUUUCGGUGCGUUUCGUCGUCGAGCGAGACACCGGGACGCCCCCGCGCUCUCGGCCCUCGGUCGACUCUUCCGAACGUCCAGCUGAUCGAGCUUUGAGAGCCUCUCAAUUCUUCCAGUUCAAACUGAGCCGUUUAGCGGAAGCUGUAUGCGCUUUGUGGACGAAACGACGCCUGUUUCCCCCCCGCGUGUGGACUUUAAGACAAAAAAGAACAUUUAUAUUGUUGUCUUUCUAACUUGGGAGUCGGGUUUUACCCCCCCACCCCAUCCUCACUUGAAGAAGGAGCAGGCCCCGGUCUCAUCCCCGGCCUCGCGUGUCCAUAUCGGGCUUUUUGUGUGUGUGUUUGCGUGUGUGUGUGUGUGUGUUGGAAGUCAUGGGAGACACCAGUGAACGAAGCAAACCUCCGAGUCUACCUCCCCGGUGUCCCUGUGGAUUUUGGGGGUCCAGCAAAACCAUGAACCUCUGCUCCAAAUGUUUUGCUGACAUCCAGAAGAAGCAGCCAGGUGACGACUGCACCUCCAAACCUAUCCAAAGCACUGGGAGUAGCCAAUCGUCCGUGUUCAGCAGCGAGACGAGCAGUAGCAGUAGUCAGUCUCUAUCGUCGUCGCCGCCCUCCGGCUCCGAGCAGCCGUCGACUGAAGAGCCCUCGCCGACGUGUCCUGGCUCACAGCGGGAAGGCGUGUCGUCCACAGAAACAGCCACAGGCACACUCUCACUCUGCACACCCACAAAACGUCCCAGAGAAUCAGCCUCGGGCUCAGAGAGCGAGGAGACGCCAGAGAAGCGGCCUCGGACAGACGAGAAAGACGGGAGCAGCGAGGAGAGCCGCGGGACGCCCAAGCAGAAGAACCGUCGACGCUGCUAUCGCUGCCAAACCAAACUAGAGCUGGUGCAGCAGGAACUGGGCUCCUGCCGCUGCGGCUAUGUCUUCUGCAUGCUCCACCGUCUCCCCGAGCAACACGACUGUCUGUUCGACCACCUGGGCCGCGGACGCGAGGAGGCUGUCCUCAAGAUGGUGAAGCUGGACCGCAAGGUGGGCCGCUCGUGCCAACGCAUCGGGGAGGAGUGCUCCUGAUCGGUCACACCACGCCGUGACUAGCCACCUAGUUUAGAGAUGAGGCGCUUACAUCAGGAGGAGGAGGAAUGACUAAUGGGAGGGAGGGAGGGAGGAGGAAGAAGAGGAAGAGGUGUGGUCGUAACACCCUGCAUCUGACCCGACAGUUCUGGAUCUUCAGCUCGACCCUGUCGUCGCCCUGAUUUCCCGCCCCCGGAGUCUGUUUGGACUCGGCUCUGGUUUGCGAGGCAGCUCUCGGCGGCCAACAGGGGGCGCUGUGGCCGACGUUUUCAGUAUCUCGCAUGUUCACACACACACACACACACACAGCCUUAUGCCCGCCCCCACCCCGCCUCCACCUCGUCUUCAGAGGAAGAAUCCUCUGAAGACGCUCAUUUCCUCUUUGAUCACGCUCUGAUUUUUAUGGAAGAAACCAUUUUUUUGUCCCACGGGUGAAGGGGUCCAGGUCUAACCCACCACCAGUCCUCAGGUUGUCAUCCAAAAGGGGGAGGAGUUUCAAACCUGUAACCCCGCCUUCCUCACUCUUUUUUCACGUUUUUUCCCCACUCCGUGCACAACACCGCCCCCUACAGGCUGUACAUGGAUGGUUCCAUUUUCUUUCUUGUUUUUCCCAACAUGGUCGUCAUGGUGAUUAUUUUCCGUCUUAACCCCGUUGUUGUCGACGUCAUCGUCGUGGAGGACAAAUACAGCCGACCCCUGCCUCUGCUCACACACACACACGGACUGUUGACAACAAGAGAAAUACAAACUUUGAAAAACAACAACACACUAAAAGUCAAGAAGAAUUCUCUUGUGUAGCAGUUCCUCUUCUCCUCCUUUCCAAACUCCUCCUCCUCUUUUUUUAUGAUUUCUUCUUUUUUUCUUCUUCAAUUUAAUGAGUGGUACUGUUGUUCCUGGUGCAUUGUGGGUAAACGCGACUGAAUCAAAGAAGGAGUUCUUCACCAAAAUCCCCCCCCCCCCCCCGAGUUAAACUGAUCACGUGAAUCACUUAACUACCCCUUAAAAAAUACUUUAUUAUAAUUUAUUAAUUUACUUAGCGUUUGUUUGUGUGUUUCUGUUCUUUUUCGGAGGUAGAAUCAAGUUUUUUGCGACGAGAAUCUUUAAAAAGGAUCGGUGAUGUCAUAUUGAUACGUGUGAGGAGUUAACCAAGUGCUGGUUAAGAAGAAAUUUUAUGAAAAAUUUAAAAAGUAACGGCGAGUAAAACUGCAAGUUUUGUUUUUGAAAAAUUUUGGCUAAACUUCGUCAAAAGUAAGAAAUAAUUGGGGAUUAAUUCACUUCUGCUCGGGAAUAACUGUAUUGAGAUGAAAUCAGCUCGACUAACACGCAUGUUUAUUAUUAUUUUUGAUCUUGUCUAACGAUGACUCUGCGUUUCUCGGCGGGAGAAAAAUGACAUGUAAAUUCUUAAAAAAUAUAUUUCCCUUCAUCUCGUCCUUAAAGGGCUGUUCCACUAAAAUCAACUUUUUUGAUUUUUUUUUUGGGUGAAGGUGAUUUUAUUUUGAAAUUUGAUUAAAAAACACUGUAUGCAUAUUACAGUCAUUAUCAUAUUAUAUUAUUAUUAUUAUUAUUGUUAUUAAUAAUAAUAAAAUUGACUUUGCAGGAAGUGUGAAUCACAAACAGGAAGUUUUUUUUUUCUCGCUAUGACUGAAACGUUGAUUCAUGCGUACAGCCCUUCACUCACUCACACGCAUUCACACACAUUACCCAACUAUGCUAAUCCUCAUGCACACGUCAUCGCCCCUUCUCACAGUCACCUCCCCCUCUGCUCCGCCCCCCUCUGCUCCGCCCCCUCCCGUCUUCUCCAAUGAGAACACAGCGAAGGAUAAAGGGAGUUUGGUGGAGAAAAAAAGUUGCGGCUGGUUCUUAUUUUGAUAUUUGAAUAUUUGACAAAAACUUUUGUUGUUUUUUUUUUUUUUUUUUUCGAGUGAUAAAUGAGAAAUGGAAGAAAUCUUUCUGUACCUUUUAAAAAGCAAAUUAUUUAACCUUAUAUCAGUUUGAGUUACUUACACCCUAUAGCAUAGAGUGGCAUAUUUAGUUCAAUGUAUAAAAAAAAAAAAAGCAAGACCAUAAUUCUGUCCUUUUUUCUCUUAAUUUUAUCGUGUUCCAUUUUUCUGCUGAGGAAAAUAAACUGGAUUAGAGGA